CAUACAAUGUGAAAAUGGUAUCCAGGAUUGAUUUUCAUGGCGGUAAAUUGCACUUAUUUUUUAAUUAGCCAAUAUUCUACGAGAGAACUUUGAUUCAGUCAUUUACAAGACAUAAUCCAAUCUAAAGACGGACUUUUAUGAAUUUGAAAUAUUAUAGCUGCAAUUAUGUGUGUAACGAUUGUGAUGGGAUUUAUGAUUUUAUCAAUAGUUUAGUCAGUAUCUUCGGUAGUAAUGUUAUAUGCAAUCUUAUUAAACCAGAAUUUUGUCAAGUAAAAGAUACUAGAAUUGUGUUGAGUAUAAAAUACCAGAUUUUUGUUAAGUAAGAAAGACGUUUAACGGUGAUUAUUAUUUAGAAAAAAAACCAGUAUGAAGUUUACGUUCCAAGAUGUUGGAUUUCUAUGGCUUAUUGUAUGUGAAAGUCUGCAAUGGUGUACAGUUUUUGCUGAUGACAUGUACGCCAAUAGCUACUUUUUAAAACAGAACCAGAUAGCACCCGAGGAUAUGACCGAAGAACAAAGAUUAUUAUAUAGACUUCUACGUAAUUACGACCGAUCAUCACGGCCCGUGUACCAGGCUACAACACCAGUUAUCAUUAGAUUAGGCAUAUCACUAACACAAGUCUUAGAUGUGGAUGAAAAGAAUCAAGUACUUACAACAAAUAUUUGGCUAGAUCAGGAAUGGUUGGACCAUAAACUAAGAUGGGAUAACGAUACUGAAUUCAAACACAUCAAAAUACUUCGAAUACCAUGUGACUUAAUAUGGCUGCCUGAUAUUAUUUUGUACAAUAGUGUUGACAGUCAUAGCAAAGGUUAUAUGAAAAGUUUAGCAAUGGUGGGAAGUGAUGGCAAUGUUUUCUGGCCACCAAUUGUACGCAUGCGUAGUUCAUGUAAAAUGGAUAUCACGUAUUUUCCUUUUGAUGACCAGAUAUGCACAUUAAAACUUGGUUCAUGGGCCUAUGAUGGAUUUCAAGUAGAUGUUACUAAUCGGACUUUGGACGUAGAUCUUACUAAUUACGUUGACAAUGGCGAAUGGACAUUGAUAGAUACUAAAGCAGUACGUAAUGUUAAAGUAUAUCCGUGUUGUCCAGAACCAUUUCCUGAUGUUACGUUUUAUCUACACCUACGAAGACGUGUAUUAUAUUAUGCGUUUAAUGUUAUUAUUCCAUGUGUGUUGUUGUCACUGUUGACAUUAACAGGGUUUCUGCUGCCUCCCGAAUCAGGGGAAAAGGUUACCCUAGGAUUGACUGUACUAUUGGCGUUUUCCGUCUUCAUGCUUUUAAUUGCGGAAAAUAUGCCACCUACUUCCGAAUAUAUACCGCUAAUAGGAAUAUACCUUACUGUGAUUAUGUCAAUGAGUGGAUUGUCGGUUGUAUUCUCUGUGUUUGUGUUAAAUAUUCAUCAUCGAGGAGCACUUGCUAAAGGUCCACCUUCAGUUAUCAAGACAUUUGCGAGGCUUACUGCUAAAAUACUUUGUAUGAAUAUCCGUUUGGACAAUCAAAUGAAUUUUAGUCAUGCAACAAACUAUACUCCAGAACGCAACUUUAUGUACCCAUCUCAUGAAAGCGAUGCUUUAAUCCAAAAUGACAUAGGUCGCCAUGGCCACACAAAUAUAAAUCACGUUGAUUUAAAUGACGUCACCAACGAAACAUUAACAGACGUCAUGAAUCAAAAUGUGAAUAUAAAUAACACUAACGUUUAUAAAUCUACCUUUGAUAAAGAACUUCUGACAUACUUUAAACAAGUCAUGCAUAUUCAUGAUAAUUCAAUAAAUGAAAGAAGAGCUAUCCAUGAAUGGCAGGAAGUAGCGAGAGUAGUAGACAGAUUAAGCUUUUGUGUUUUUCUUGCCAUCACCGGAACAUCGACCAUUGUCUUACUUGUGAUAAGUCCAAUGACUAAAAAUAUUCAAUUGUAACACCAGCUGUACAUUGGACCGUCUUUACUGUAAUAAACGUAUUUGUAAUAAAUAUUAAUCUUCAUAAUGUUCAUCUCCAACCGUUUAAAGUUUAAACUGACCAAACAUGUGGUGUGCACACAGUCAAGAAGAUUUUUUUUGGCGAUUUUAUUUUUAUGGCUCUUUAUUUGUUAAUUCUAUAUAAAAAAAAAGAAUUUUGAAUUGGUCAUUCAAAAACAAGAAUUCAUCAAAUUAUAAAGGUGGAAUACACGCACAAUCAACUAAAGGCACUUUCAAAAUAAUGGCAACAUGCAAAUGUGUAAGUAUGAAUUCUUCAUGGUCUGUAUCACAAGAAACA